AUGCUAAUUGAAGUACACGGUUUAUUACAAUUUCUAACUGUCUGGCAAGAAAUAGCUUUCAGUCCGGGUAAACUGUACACGCUUACACGUCUGUCAUAUUUCAAUGCAUUUCGAUUGGUAUUUGCACCAACAUGGACGAAAAUUGUACAUAAAGCAAAAUUUAUAACAUUGAUGUAUUUCUCCGAUUUGGCCACAUAUCAUUUCAAUUUUAAAACAGUCGGUGACAGUGAAAUUCUUUUGCGUCAGACAGGUGAAGGUCGCAUAGGAUCAUAUCAAAUUACUUUUGGAAGGAUAGGAACGAAAUUGUUCAUUGAUAAAGUACGUAAAGUUACUGGUUACUGGAUUGAACCGUAUGAGUAUCAGGAUCUUAUGGCUCUUAAUCAUGGAAUAAUUAGAUGGUUUGCGCGACAUCUGAAAUCAGUAAUAGUAGCACUCGAUUGUAUCGCUGAAACAAAAAGUAAAUAUGGAGUUGGUAUUUUGUAUUAUCGUAAAAAUCUGGUCAGUGCCUACUAUGAAAUGGGAGAUUCGGCAUUUGACUGUAAAUGCUUAUUGAAUUUUUAA